CCUCCCCCCUUUUUCCUGGGGGGGGGGGUCCCCCAGAGAGCCCCCUCCCCUCCCCCUCCCUCCUCUCAGGAGUGCAAAAGGAGAAGGCCCCGAUCCUGGCCUGGAGGCCCGAUCCCCGACCAUGGCUCGCUAAGGAGAGGGGGCUCUCCUCCUCCGGAGGGCGGGGGGACAGGAGGAUCCGAGCCGGGGCUGGGCCGCCCGGGCCCCGGCGAUGAGUUUGGUGGGGGGCUUUCCCCACCACCACCCCGUGGUCCACCAUGAGGGAUACCCCUUCGCCGCCGCAGCAGCAGCCGCCGCAGCAGCAGCAGCCGCCGCCGCCAGCCGAUGCAGCCACGAGGAGAACCCCUACUUUCACGGCUGGCUGAUCAGCAGCAGCCACCCUUCGGAGAUGUCGCCCCCCGACUACAGCAUGGCCCUCUCCUACAGCCCCGAGUACGCCAACGGGGCCCCGGGGGGCCUGGAGCACCAUCACGCCCAUCAUCCCCAUCACUAUGGAGGCGGCCCCAGCGGAGGAGGAGGAGGAGGGGGCGGAGGCGGUGGCGGGGGUGUUGGGGUGGCCCCUCCGCCCGGUUUGGGGGUGCUGGGGGGUCCCCGGCCGGUCAAGCGCCGCGGCACAGCCAACCGCAAGGAGAGGCGCCGGACUCAGAGCAUCAACAGCGCCUUCGCCGAGCUCCGCGAGUGCAUCCCCAACGUCCCCGCCGACACCAAGCUCUCCAAGAUCAAGACCCUCCGCCUGGCCACCAGCUACAUCGCCUACCUCAUGGACCUCCUCGCCAAGGACGAGGCCCACGGAGAGGCCGAGGCCUUCAAGGCCGAGAUCAAGAAGACCGACCUCAAGGAGGACAAGAGGAAGAAGGAGAUGAACGAGAUUUUGAAAAGCACCGUGGGCAACAACGACAAGAAAACCAAGGGACGGACUGGCUGGCCGCAGCAUGUCUGGGCUUUGGAGCUGAAGCAGUGAAAGAGGAGGACUUUCUCCAGCUUCCCCGGGCGGACUCUUCUUCUUCUUCUUCUUCUUGGUGGUGUGGUUGUUUAUUUUUUGGGAUCGUCUGGUUUAUUUAUGUGCAAUUUCCCUCCCCUAGUCUUCCCCUCGGGAAAAGAAAGAAAGACAUGUGGAUCUGGGAAGAAAAGCAUUCCGUAUUUGAAGAGACGAAGAGGAAAACUGCAGCGUGGUAAGAAGAAGAGAAAAAUAAUGUGGUCUCCCUAGUUAUGGAUUUAAUAUUCUCCCCCCCCCCCCCCAUGAAUGUUUCUUUUGUUUGUAGAGAAAACACAGGACAAAAAAAAGUGGGGGGAGGAAACAGUCUUGAAGGUUUCGUGAGUUAUAUGUGAAGUGUAUCUGUUUAGUACUUGCCCACUUGGAGAAACUUCGAGGGGUUCAGUCUCUGCCCCAAGUUUCCGUGUUUUGGGGAUUAGAUAGGACUUCAGUCUUGUGCCCCUUUUUUGCUCCUGGUCGCUCACUCGUUGGAAAAUAUUAUUAUUAUUAUUAUUAUUUUCUUUCUUCUGCCCCUAACAGCUCUUUGUUAAUGAAAUGUGCACUUCGGUCCUUAAGAACGCAAAAUCUAAACAACAACAAAAUUAAAAUAAUGAUAAUGAUAACCAUCCUCAAUUCAAUGUGGAGUCGGAUUACUAUGGAAAGGUGUAUACCCCUGUACCUACUCAAUAAACCACUGUGUGUGUGUUAUUGUUA